AUGUCCACGCCCCGCCGCCGCCUGGUGACCACCGCCUCCCCGUCCCUCCGCUUCCUCGGCCUGCUCAAGCAACCCGAUGACGCACCCAGCGCCCACGGCGGCGUCCAGGAGCCGCUGGAGCUCGACGAGCGUGACGUCGUCUGGUCCUCCUCCAGCAGCGCGACCUCCUCGUCCUCGACCUCCGCGGCCUCCUCGCCGUCCCCGUCUGCCUCGUCCGCCAGCAGCCUCCGGAGGCCGAUAUCCACGUCGUCGCGCCACUUCCCCGCGGGCAGCAUGGGCCUGUCCGCGCUCCUCGCCGACGACCACCCCCUGCACGCGCCCACCACCGCGCCCGUCCCGGCCGUCGCGCGCCCAGAGAGACAACACGCCCCGCAGCCGUACCACCAGUCGGCGCCCGUCGCCGUGCCGGCCUGGCCGAAGGCCAUGACCGCGGCGGACAGGGACAGGCGCCGCCGGGAGGCGGAGAUGCAGGCCGCGGACUACGAGGACGACGACGACGGCGAGCCCGUGGUGCCGCCGCACGAGAUGGCCGCGCGGCGCGCCGCGGCGGCGGCGUCGGUGAUGGAAGGCGCCGGCCGCACGCUCAAGGGGCGCGACCUCCGGCGCGUGCGCAACGCCGUGUGGCGCACCACCGGCUUCCUCGACCUGUGA